AUGUUUCUGGCGGUGGAAAGCCGACAGCUGUCCGAGAACGACCGCAGGAUUUUGGCCAUGCAGGCGCUGUGCAGGAACCCCGACCCGAUGGCCUCCUUCCUCCCGGUGGUGGUGGAAUCCCCGCUGCUUCUGCCCCCGCAGCCGCCGUCUCUUCCAGGGCCGCUCACUCUCCCUGGGCCGCUCACUCUCCCUGGGCAGCCCUCUCUUCCUCUUCCAGCUGCAUCCUCCUCAUCCUCCUCCACAGCCACGCGCAGGCCCGCCGGCCGCUGGCCCGCAAAGCCCCGCACCGGCCCGCAGAUUCAGAACGUGACGUCUUCGGUGAAACUGGGGUGUGAUCUGGAUUUGGAGUUCAUAGCUCGGAACUCGUGGAACGUGCAGCACCUGUCGACGGUCUUCAAGUCACUAGUCAUGAAGAUCCGCAAGCCCCAGACCACAGCCAGAAUCUUCCAGUCUGGAAUCCUUUUCUGCACAGGAGCCAAGAGCGAGAACGAGUCUCGCGUGGCUGCCAGGAAGUUUGCCUUUAAAAUCCUGAAGCUGGGCUACCCGGCACGCUUCCUGGACUUCAAGGUGCUCAACAUCGGCGGAACUUGCAAAACGUUCCCGAUCAACCUGGAGGAUCUGUUCUUGGCCCACCAAGACCACUGCAGUUACGAACCGGAGCUGUUUCCUGCGCUGCAGUACAACUUCCGACCCGGUAUGACAGCAUCCAUCUUCUCGUCUGGCUCUGUCUCGUUGGUUGGGGCUAAAACAGAGGAUGAAUUCUUCAGUGCGUUUCGCACCCUGGAUGCCAUCUUAACCAAUUUCAAAAGGACGUGA